CAAACAAACUUUUCCUCUCACUUUCCUUUUUCUUUGGACAAUAGUAGAAACUAUUUUUAAUAAGAUUGAGGAGGAUACAAAGUUAUAUAUUGAUAUAUAAAAUGGAGAUAAACCGUCCGUUGUUGAUGAUUGAAGGGCCCAAGUUCUCCGGUUAUGACUUUUCGCCAUCCAGAGUGAUGGCAGCAGAUAUGCCACAGGCUGUGUGGACAUCUUCAUUACCACCAUCAUCGACGUCAGCAACUGUAACUACAGGGGAGCCGUUCAUAAUUCAUGGACGACGUAUAGUGCUCCUUGAUAAGCAAGAUAAGCAAGAUAAGCAGGAUAAGCAUGAUAAGCAGGAUAAGCAGGAUAAACAAGAUAAGCAAGAAGAAACAGACAAUGAGAUCGCUUCUAUUGUUGCUUAUAUUGACCGUGUCCACGACCCAUCCGGUCCGCCAUACGAAGAAUCACCAGAAGAGCUUGCCCUCAUCUGUGAGUAUAUUGACCGGGUUCACCAAGUUGAACAAGAGCGUGAUACUCUGGCCUCUCUAAAGAAUUCCCAAGCUCAAGAUCAAGCCCAAGCCCAAGACCAAAAAGAACAAUUAAAUAAACAAGAGGAGAUACUGUCACAUACUGCUGGCACUGCAAAAUCAGUUUGGGAUUGUAGUAUUAUUCUUAGCAAGUAUCUGGAAGCUCUUUCAGAUCGGUAUCCAGGGUUCUGGUCCGGCAAACGAGUGUUGGAACUGGGCGCAGGACAGGGCAUUGUAUCAUUUAGUGCUGCGGCAUUGGGUACAGAGCAAGUGGUUAUUACUGAUGUGGAUUCAGCCCUUCCAGACCUUCAAAAGAAUGUUCAACUGAAUGGGUUCUCACCUUCACAAGUUCAAGUCACGGCACUUGAUUGGACGAAUCGUACACAGGCUCUGGAUUACAUCUGGAAUGCUUUACUCGUACCAACUACAGCAACGACAACGAGAACAACGCCUGCUGAACCAGGACCAGAACAAAGACAAGGAACAGAGAAUGAAGAGAAAACGCUGCAGAAACAAUCACGACCACGAUUAGACUAUAUUUUAGCAUCCGAUGUGAUAUGGGUUGAUUACUUGAUUCCAGCAUUAGUGGAAACAUUGAGUGAUUUGUUGCAGGCAUCUAGAGAUAGGAGAGACGAUAGUAAUAUGGUUGAUGGGAACAUGGACUAUACACAAAAGCAACAUCACCAGCAACAAACAUCAUGGAGCCAUGAAUCUUCAUCUACAGUUGUGCUGCUAGCAUAUCAGUUCCGAUCGACAAGGAGUGACAAGCUUUUAUUUGAUUCGAUCGAUCGAUUGGGGCUACAACGAAAGAAACUUUGUCUAGAUGUAUCAUCUUCAUCCUCUGUUGAGGACCCAGAUGCUGUUUAUUUGGAUCCAAAGUUCCAACGACCUAAUCUUGCCAUCUGGAAGAUUUGGAAAGAUUAAAAAAGAAUAAACGAAUUGUUGAAUAGACGAAUGGA